CGUCUGCUUCUAUAAAUACAGUAAAAAGUUGCAGUUGGUGCCGACUAAAACCGAGAGAGAGAGAGAGAGAGCGCUUUUCACUCCAAUUCUCUCCUCAGCUGAGCACAGUAGUCCAUUUUGAGCUGAACGCUCCCAAGGAUUUGGCUUAACUCACCUCACACUCUCAUCAACUGGCUGUCACAAUCACUGCUCUCUCCCGGCGAAAAGCUGCGCUGUGAUUCGGCAAUAGAUUAUCUGCGUUAGAGUGAGGGGAAGUAUUCAUGGAUGCUUACGCGCUUCAUCUGGCCAUGGCGGCUCUGGUUGGUGCGUCUUUUGUCGCCGUAUCCGCUUAUUAUAUGCACCGCAAAACCCUAACGCAGUUGCUGGAGUUCGCCAAGACCGUCGAGAGAGAAAGAGACAGGGCGGACAGGGAGGAAGAGAACUACUCCGACGGGGACUCUCCGCAACAUUUGAAGAAGCGCCGCAGCGGCCAGAACAAGAAGAAGGGGAACGGUUACUACCGCCGCGCCUCGGCGUCGCUACCUGACGUGACGGCCAUAUCCGGUGGGGUGAUUGACGGAGAAGAGAAGCGGAAUGGCCACCUACACGUGGACGGGAUUCCCCCUGGCUUGCCGAGGUUGCACAUGCUGCCAGAAGGUAAAUCGGCUGGACAUACUAAGAGAGCUGGAAAUCUCAUUAAACCAACUUCUCCAAAGUCUCCUGUUGCCAGUGCUAGUGCCUUUGAGAGUGUAGAAGGGUCAGAUGAAGAAGAUAUUCUUACUGAAGAUAUCAAGCUAGACGCCGCUUACAUGCUCCCUAAUGGAAUAGCUGAGAAUUUAUCCGAGAAAAUUAACAACAAUGGGGAGCAAAUUGCAAUGGCUGCUGCAAGCAUGAUCCGUUCACAUAGCGUAUCUGGUGACCUCCAUGGUGUCCAGCCUGACCCAAUUGCUGCUGACAUUUUGAGGAAAGAGCCUGAGCACGAAACCUUUACACGACUGAGAAUUUCUCCCACUGAGGUACCCUCACCUGAUGAGGUGGAGGCUUAUAUUGUUCUCCAAGAAUGUCUUGAAAUGAGGAAAAGAUACGUAUUCAAGGAAGCUACUGCUCCAUGGGAAAGAGAAGUAAUUUCUGACCCUAGCACACCGAAGCCUAAUCCAGAGCCUUUCUUCUAUGCUUCAGAAAAGAAGUCUGAGCACUAUUUUGAAAUGCAAGACGGUGUAGUUCAUGUCUAUCCUAGUAAAGACUCCAAGGAAGAGCUCUUUCCUGUUGCUGAUGCAACAACCUUCUUCACUGAUUUGCAUCACAUACUCAGAGUUAUUGCUGCUGGAAAUAUCAGGACUCUAUGCCAUCAUCGACUUAAUCUUCUGGAACAAAAAUUCAACCUCCAUUUGAUGCUUAAUGCUGAUAGGGAGUUCCUAGCCCAGAAAAGUGCUCCACAUCGAGAUUUCUACAAUGUCAGGAAAGUUGACACUCAUGUUCAUCAUUCUGCAUGCAUGAACCAGAAGCACCUUUUAAGGUUUAUUAAAUCAAAAUUGAGGAAGGAGCCAGAUGAGGUUGUGAUAUUUCGAGAUGGGACUUACUUAACCCUGAAAGAAGUUUUUGAGAGUCUGGAUUUGACCGGGUAUGAUCUCAAUGUUGACCUUCUUGAUGUUCAUGCGGACAAAAGCACGUUUCAUCGGUUUGACAAGUUUAACCUUAAGUACAAUCCUUGCGGCCAAAGUAGACUCAGGGAGAUUUUCCUUAAGCAGGAUAAUCUCAUCCAAGGUCGUUUCCUUGGGGAGUUAACAAAACAAGUGUUCUCUGAUCUUGAAGCAAGUAAAUAUCAGAUGGCUGAAUAUAGAAUAUCAAUCUAUGGAAGGAAGCAGAGUGAGUGGGAUCAGCUCGCUAGCUGGAUAGUUAAUAAUGAUCUAUACAGUGAGAAUGUUGUUUGGUUAAUUCAGCUUCCAAGACUCUACAACAUUUACAAGGAGAUGGGAAUUGUGACAUCAUUUCAGAAUAUCCUUGACAACAUAUUUAUUCCACUCUUUGAGGUCACUGUUGACCCAGAUUCGCAUCCUCAGUUGCAUGUUUUCUUGAAACAGGUUGUUGGGUUGGAUUUGGUUGAUGAUGAAAGCAAGCCGGAAAGACGUCCCACGAAGCACAUGCCCACUCCAGCUCAGUGGACCAAUGUGUACAACCCUGCAUUUUCAUAUUAUGUGUACUACUGCUAUGCCAAUCUCUACACAUUAAACAAGGUUCGCAUUGGAGUUUUUGUAGGCCUACAAAAUAUUUGCCAUUCUACUUGCAUGUUCAAUACUGUUUCUUUCAACUACAUUGUCCUCGUCCUUGUGGUCCUUCUCCUGCUUAUAUGGGAAUGUUACCAUGAAAUAUCAUUUCCCAGCGUGUGGUAACAUAUUGACUGGGGUACUCUGAUUAUUAGAGCAGUGGUUGGAUGUUGAUCCUUUAAAAUUUAUUUGUUCACAAUGUUUACCCUUUUAUGAUUCCAAAUUUUCAGCUUCGUGAGUCAAAGGGCAUGACAACCAUCAAACUCCGCCCGCACUCUGGAGAGGCUGGAGACAUUGACCACCUGGCUGCAACAUUUCUCACGGCUGAAAAUAUAGCUCAUGGGAUCAACUUGAGGAAAUCUCCUGUACUUCAGUAUUUAUAUUACUUGGCACAGAUUGGCCUGGCUAUGUCUCCUCUCAGCAACAAUUCUUUGUUUCUCGACUACCAUCGGAAUCCUUUUCCAAUGUUUUUCCUCCGAGGCCUCAAUGUCUCUCUCUCUACUGACGACCCUCUCCAGAUCCACUUGACUAAAGAACCCUUGGUUGAAGAGUACAGCAUUGCUGCUUCUGUAUGGAAGUUGAGCUCAUGCGACCUCUGCGAGAUUGCUCGUAAUUCAGUAUACCAGUCUGGUUUCUCUCAUGCUCUGAAGUCGCACUGGAUAGGGAAGCAGUACUACAAGAGAGGACCAGAUGGUAAUGACAUUCACAAGACAAAUGUACCCCAUAUACGCGUUGAAUUCCGUGACACUAUCUGGAGGGACGAGAUGCAGCAAGUUUACCUUGGGAAGGCGGUUAUCCCCUACGACGUGGACAAAUAAGUGAAGCAUAUUAGCGGGCUGCAGUUUGAUCUGAUUUGAUGAGCUAGGUACCUGCAGGCGGCAGUUGAGUUUAGUAUUUUUUUACAAGGGAAUAUAUGCUUGUAUAUAAGCUCAUCAAAUGGACUCCCGGGCAAAAAAUGAAGGAACAUAAAGAAAGAAAGGAGAACCAAAAUUGACAAGCCAAGCUUGCACAUCGUCAGCGAUGAAAUGUUGUCUACUUGGAAAUGAGAGGGGCGAGAGCGCAGAUGUAGGAACAAAGAAUCAAACCUCGUCCAAACAAGGAAUAAGUUAUCUUCUAAUGCUACUAAUUGAUCUACAGGCAGCUGCCAGAAUAUAGCCUCUGAACUAUGCAGGUCGUAAGAUGAAUUUUGUACUCGCCGCAAUCGAUAAUGUGUAGGAUCUGAUGAGAUACACAAUACGGUGUAUGGGAUUUAACAUUGUAACGCUGAGAUGACUAUACUUUCAGGUCUGAUGCCGUUGUCCUUUUUCAGGUCUAAUCCCCGUCCUUUUAUUUUGG